CUUUUUUUUUCUUUCUACUUCUUUAUAGCGUUCUUUUUUUCUUUUCCGGACCUCGUUCAUCCCUCACGCGCUAAUUGGAAGGGCGGAGCUUAUGUCGAGUUCGCAAACCAAUCAUUUCGUGAAACCCGCCAUUGGCGUGGUGCUAAUUAGGUGCGGGGUGGGAACCACAGUCUCGGCCAUAGUCUCAAAGAAAAAAAAAUCACUGGUAUCACAUCUAGAAUAUAGACGGUAUGAUUUCUUACUGUUAAGUGUCAACAUACGCGAGACAGGCACGCCUAGCUGCUUUCUCCCCCUUGAGACGAUCGGAACUUUUAGGAUAAUUUCAUUUGAGUCUGACACGAUCAUGAGUUGGAUAAAUCAGGAUCACCAGAAAGAUGACUUGCUGUGUGAAGUAGAUCUAGAUCUACAUGUAAAGACAAUUUAAAGACUUGUGAGCUGGCAUUGUUCAAGUUUUUAGCCAAUCUCUGGAAUCGUUAUUAUAAUCUAGAUCUAUAUCUCUAGAUUAUAUAGUCUAGAGAUCUAUUGUAGAUUAAUCCAGAUCCAGGAGUCUGAUGACAAUUCUGUGGAAUGUGUUGAUUUAUGGAGUACUUCAUUUCCAACACAGCUACGCAUCAUUCGUUCCAAUUGAAAUUAAAGUUCCUGCUGUAGACUAACUGAGGCUUUUAUCUUCGCGUUUACAUUUCACUUUGGAUACUUAUUUUUUCCUUUGUGUGGUUUGCCAUGGGAGUCGUGACAGUUUAUCAAGGGCUGCUGUUUCUAUUAGCACUUGUGUUUUGUUCUGCCAAUAGUCCUCCAUCACUAUCAGGAAAAGUAAUGCAGCGAGUACCAGUAAGAAUUGGGAAGAAUAUAAAGCAGCCGUGUAAUGCCCAGUCUGACAUGCCAGAACUUACUCAGUGGAAGAAAGAUGGACAGUCCAUUAACCCAGGCUGGGACAGGUUUAAGAUAUCUCAGGAUGGUGAACUACGUAUCAGAGAUGUGGAGAAGUCUGAUGCUGGACUCUACACUUGUAUUGCUACAAAUGGAUUUGGCAGUGUCAAUGUUAACUAUACAAUUAUUGUUAUAGAUGAUGAGAAGCAAGUAUUCUAUGAAGGAGAUAAAGAAUACCAGAUCACUGCAGAUGAGGACCUCACCAGAGAUGGAUCUCCUCCAUACUUUGAGGAUUUGGACAUAAUGAGAAAAUCCAUGCACCUGGAAAAGCCAGUAAGGUCGACCAUCAAAUUAACGUGCAAGGCUGAAGGCAAUCCCAGGCCAGAGUUUACUUGGCUGAAAAAUGGACAUUCACUUCCACAAAGGCGAAGUCACAUAAAAAUGACUGAAUUGACCCAGGCAGACAGUGGAGCCUACACCUGUGUGGCUCGAAAUAGACUGGGACAAGUCAACUUUACAUAUGAUGUUGAGAUCAUAGAUGAAAUAAGUGAGAAACCAAAGUUGAUAGCUCCACAUCCCUUGAGUCAAAACGUCACUGUUGGCUCGCCUGUAACAUUCCAGUGCUUUAUAGAGAGUGGUGUCAAGCCAGAAGUCAAGUGGUUGAAACGACUUGAUCAUUCUGAAGCUAUUCCUCCUGCCAAUGUCAUUGAGUAUGACGGUGAGAGGUUCAUUGUGUUGAAAAAUGCUGGCGUUCUGCUGGAGAAACAAGAUGGACAUUAUUUAAAUAAAUAUGUGCUGUCUAAAGUUCAACCCAAAGAUGCUGGGACAUUUGUCUGUUUCGCCACCAAUAGAAGAGGAUUUACAACAAGACAAGCACAUCUAACUAUACGGCAAGGUCCAUAUGUAGUUGAAAACUCUGAAGAGGAGAUCGAAAAAGCAUUUAACAAUUCAUCCAACCAAUCAUCUGAGAGCGCAGAGACAAACUUGCCCCUUCUGAUUGGUUUGCCAUCUUGUGCAGUGCUCUUCUUCAUUCUUCUAGCCGUCUUUUUGAUGCAGAGAAACAACCGUUGCCAUCGCUCUGACAAUAGUGUGAAAAAGUCACCCCGACCUCCAGUGCCUCCGCAUGAAAGAGACGCUUUUUAUUACAGCAGCUGCCAGCAACAGCAGCAGCAGACGGUUAAUCCGCUGUUGACGUCCAGAGAAAAGCUCCCACCUAAAACUCCAACGCCUUCUAUGGACAUGACAUGUUCAGAGUUCUCUUCCGUUUCUAGAAAUCACCCACAGUACUAUAAUCCCAAUCAUGUGACUUAUGGAUACUAAGACAUUAAGCAGAAGAAAGCAAAUAAAAAAAAAAAACUUCAAGCAGCUAUAACCCAAGAUCUUUAGUCAAACAGAAGCUAACAUCAUCUUAGAUGUUUGUCAUUAUGAAUAUUCAAAGGCCUUGGUGUGACUUUGCCUCAUGCAUAGUAAAUAUAUUAUUAAGAAAAUCUUUCUGUCUACAGUCUUUGUAGAAUAAAGUGUUUCUUCUUGGGGGAAAAAAAAAGAUUCAUAAACAGUGCAAAUGCUUACGGCUGUGACUAUGAUUGGUUGAAUUCAUUUUUGUAACCAUGGCCAGCUGAAUCCAUUGCUGCUACCAUGGCUAUCUGUGCCUUCAAUGUCUUCACUAUUUUAAAAAUCCUAUAAAAAGAGGAGGCUACUUUUUGGGUUGACUCAUCCUGUUACAGGGGAAACUAAUUCAUCUCAAAGACUUCACUUUCAGAGUUUAAAUACUAAAUCAUUUCUUUUCUGAGAUGUGGACAUGAUUUGUAAAUAGUUUGUUGACAUGAACACUGAAGUUCAGUCUCGAAUAGAAAUUAAUAGUUUAAAAUAUCAAAUUUAUUUUUUUGUUGACAUUUUGCAAAUCUAAGAACAAUAAUGAAGAAAGACUUCUAAACAAUUAUUUAUGUUAGUAAAAAAAAAAAAAAAUCAAGAAUUUUUUGAAGUAAGCAGUGGUUUUUGUUUGUUUUAGUUAUUGAAUGUGACCCUAUUUAAAACGUAGUGAUGGCCUGUAACAGUACAGAGGAAUCUGUUUUGCAAAGCACUUUUUUUUAUAUUAUUAUGAAAAGCAGGAGCUAAUUAAUUUUAUGUCCAAAAUUUGUUUCUUAGGAAAAAAUUGUGUCCAGGUUUUUUAAAAUAUGGAGUAAAAACAAUGUUGCUGUAAACUUGACAGCCUGUUCAUUGCCAUUUUGACAGUCCCGGGUUCGAGUCCUGCAGCCACCCUCCCUUCCUGCCUUCCUGUGGGUGAGGAUAUAAUAAAUAUUCAAUGCUGAUGGAAGAUUCAAAACUUUUGAACAAAAGAAUAAAAAAAAACAAUUUUCCAAGCAAUCAUGUUCUACUUCAGUUUAGUAGGCCAGCGAUUUCAACAAGCUUUAAUUUCUAAUGAGCUGACAUUUGUAAAUAUACAGGUCAGUUUUAUUGACUUUUGUCCAUCUAAGUUGUCAGUUUAUACAUUUUAUAAUUUGUAUGUUUGCGUAAUAGAUUGUAAUAGAUUAUGUGUGUGCAAAUUUCGCAAUAUACAGAGAAACCUAUUAAUGAUUAUUUCAAAGUGACAGCUCAGGGGUUAAUGGAAAGCAGAAGUGAGCCAAAGAUAAUGUGUGUGUGUGUGUGUGUCCACUCAGCCAGACAUGUUAUACAUUUUAUGUUUUAGUUCGACCAGGCUAGAGGCUUUGUUAUGAUUUUAUGUCUCUACAUAAACAUCAGCUGUGCACAGCAGUCAUUCUUGUGGAAAUGAAAAGUGUGUGGGAGGCGGUCCAGCCAUUGUCCUAAAACAACAGGUGUGCCAGCAGCCAUGUCUGCCUGUGAUCAUACUUCAGUGUAUCUCACUUGUAGAUGAGGCUUUGGAAAACUUUUGAUACAAAAAUAAAUAUUUUUUUAAGAGUUAUCAAAAUGUUAUCACCGUCUUGAAUUGUAUUUUAUAUGAAAUUGAAAUGUCUGUUUUUAACCAAAUGGAUAGUUUAUUGAAAUAGAUGUUUAGUUGGUGUUAUGAAUGUUUUUUGUUUAAAAUGUAAAAUAAUUUGAUGAUGAAUGUACUGUGACUAGUAUGCUUGUAAAUAAUGUUUAUAUUUCUGAAAUGUUUAUUGUUAAUCAAAAAAUUUGACAAUGCUAUUGAUUUAUGUAGAUAAAGGAAACUUUGGUUUGACUCAUGAGUUAAAUGACAGUCAUCCCCAUCAUUCAUUACUGUUGUGUAAUGUCUGUGUUGUUGUUUCUAUUUGAAAUAUGUGUAGAGUUGAAAAUGGAGUAAGUACUGAAGUAGAAAGUUCACCAAAUGUUUGAUCCUUCCUAAGCAAGUAGACAUGUUUAACAAAAAAAAAAAAACAAAAAAAAGGCUCUUAUUUGGUCAGUAUUAGCUUGGCAGUUAUUUGAAAUAAUUAAGUUUGCUCAGUUACUGACCUACUUUUGAAAGUACAUAGUCUUAUGUAUCCUACUUUUUAUGCACAUUUAAAAUGGUCACUGAAAAGUGGAAGUUUUUAAUAUUUAGUAUCCUCAAUUUAUAGUUGGGUCUGUUUCCCAACUCACCCUCUUUGUGUUAAAGGAUCAUUCCCUGUGAAUUGACCUCCUUCUGACAACUGUUACAGUCACUUUUGAGGAUACUGGGUGGGUGGGUG